UCUAGGCCUCUCUGUGUCCGCUAACCAAUCACCUGUGAAGUCACACCCAAGUAAGACUUCUGUUGAAGUGAAGAGAAUGCAGGAAUAUUCAGUGGAUGUGACCCUGGACUCCAACACUGCUCAUCCACGUCUCAUCCUAUCAGAAGACAAGAAGACGGUGUGGUGUGGUGAAAGGCACCAACAAGUUCCCAACAACCGUGAGCGCUUCGACCGUGUAGUCUGUGUCCUGGGCUGCAAGGGAUUCACCAGUGGCCGACACUACUGGGAGGUGGAGGUGGGUGGAAAGACUGACUGGGACCUGGGAGUGGCGAGUCAUUCCUGCAACAGGAAGGGUAAGAUCACAGUCAGCCCCAGCAAUGGCUACUGGUUUCUUAGCUUGCGGGACAAAAACAACUAUGCCUUCCGGACUGAGCCUUCUACUGCCCUACCCCUCAGCCUGAAACCUCAGAAGAUAGGGCUGUUUGUGGACUACGAAAAAGGCCAAGUGUCCUUUUAUAAUUUGGAUGCAAAGAUGCACAUCUACACGUUUAUGGACAACUUCUCUGAGACCAUUUACCCAUUUUUCAGUCCCUGUACCAACAAAACAGGCAAAAAUGAUGCUCCGCUGGUGAUCACGCCUGUCCUUAUGGACUGAACAGUGAAAUAGAAACAUUUUAUGAGCAAGCAUCUUGUCCAAAAUGUUGUGGACUUUCCUUUUCUUUUUUUUUUCUUUUUUUUUUGUGCCUUGUAAAUGAUUUGUCUGCUGCCAUAUUGGCACUUAUUUUUCAAUGAUAACACAAAGAGAAAUUUCACUAGGAUGACCAUACGUUCCCUCUUUCCGGGUUUUGGCUUUGUUUUCCUAUUGACAUGCUCUCUACAGCUGUCAUACAUUAUAUUUUAUGCACAUUUGCAUUGCUUUGUCCAUUCACUGUAGAUCCAAGCCAUUUUGAUAAUGAUUCUUAUACAAUGCUUGUACGCUAUUGGUCAAACUACUUUUCAGUCUUUACCUUCAGCAAAUAUAAAACAUAAGAAAACCAGACAUUUUAGGCCAUUUAAAAAUCCCAGCCAGGACAUGUCUGGGGAAAAAGAGGAUGUAUGUUAACUCUACUUUCACUGCUAAAAGUGCUCACCUUUUUUUUCUUUUUUUUUUUUAUACCAGCAAAUUUCCCUUAUUACAUUAACAUAACACCAAAAUCAACAGUAGUUUUUAAUUAAUCUUCUCUUCAGGAUGGAAAGACUAAAAUAAUACAGUAUGUUUCUUAAACCAGAAUGCACUGCAAUCCACUAUGAAUAACAGCGAAUAGUCAUUGCUUUUCAGGCAUUGGAGAGAAAAUUAAUAAUUUAAUACAAGAUGAAUAUUAGUAAAUGCAUGUUGUUUUGUUUGUAGAUUUGCUUCAUUCACUGUUGCAUGCCUAUACAGUUCAUUUGGCCUAUUUUGAAAUGUAACCUAUAAUUCUCUCACACUGCACUUUAAAGUUUAAGAUGAGUGUACUUGAACAUGAUUAAAUAAACGUUGCCGUGUCAGAUGGCAAGUUACUGCA